CACACACACACACGACACGACAAAUACACGCGCGCAUACUCAACAACAUCGACCAUCCACCACCCGACCCUCGCAAAUCAACCGCAAGCCCACUCCCCCGUUCCACGCCCCCAUUCAUCGAUCAUCGAACACCGCAGGUAGCCAUGUCCUCGCAAGCCUACACCGGCGGCUACCAAGCUACGCAAACCAGCACGCAAGACGCCGCCGCCAUCGAUUCCACCGCGCGCACCGUGCACUACAAGUGCGGCGACUGCGAUCAGGACGUCCCGCUGAAGCGCGGUGAGCCCAUCCGGUGUAGGAACUGCGGACAUCGCGUGCUGUAUAAGCAGAGGACAAACCGUAUGGUUCAGUUUGAGGCGCGAUGAGCGACGACAAGUGGAUGCGGCUUCGCUGCGAGAAUAGAUACCAAGGGACAUGAUAUGGGCCGGCUACAUAGGUGCUGACCAAAAGAUUUAUGAGUUGUCAAGUGUGGCAUCGGAGCGGGUUUGGCUUUGAACAUGGAGUUACGGCAGCCUAGGAACCAUUUCCAUGUGGCGAAAAUCGCACGAUAUGCGGAAGGAGAGAGAUGUGAAAGGGAAGCCAUGUAGGCUAUAGGCACCUAGUCAUAGUCAUAGUCACGAUUCGGCUCAGACAAAUCCUUGAUGCGCACACCAUGCUCAUUUUCUUAUCUUGUAAAGUCUCUCGUCAAUCCCAUCAUACAUUCCCAU